ACAGUUUGUUUGUGUCUCCCGGCGUGCCAUAACUAACUAUCGGGCAUUUCUACUUGUCAUCAUUGAGCUCAGCGGCUUGCAUUUCAAAAGUCAUGUUUCGCAACCAGUACGAUAGCGAUGUUACUGUGUGGAGUCCGCAGGGACGUCUCCACCAGGUGGAGUACGCAAUGGAGGCCGUGAAACUUGGCACCGCAACCGUGGGCCUGAAAAAUAAAGAUUACGCUGUACUUGUCGCCCUGUGUAAGCCGACAUCGGAGCUAUCGGAUACCCAGCGCAAGAUCAUCCCAAUCGACGAUCACCUGGGCAUUUCCAUUGCUGGCCUCACGGCUGAUGCCCGCGUCCUUAGCCGGUACUUGCGCUCCGAGUGCCUGAACUACAAGCACUCGUACGAUACAACCUAUCCAGUCUCGCGUCUGAUCACUAACCUGGGCAACAAGAUGCAGACGACCACUCAGCGCUACGAUCGCCGUCCGUAUGGAGUGGGCCUUUUGGUCGCCGGCUACGAUGAGAGGGGUCCGCACAUCUAUCAGGUCACGCCAUCGGCGACCUUUUUCAAUUGCAAGGCCAAUUCGAUCGGAUCGCGUUCACAGAGUGCACGCACCUAUCUGGAGAAGAAUUUGAACAAGUUCUUGGACAGUUCCAAAGAUGAAAUCAUCCGUCACGGAAUUCGCGCUAUACUCGGUACCCUGCCUACGGAUGAGCAAGGCAAAGAUGCCGGUCAGUAUGACAUCACUGUGGCCAUCGUCGGCAAAGACCAGCCAUUCACAAUUCUCUCUAAUAAAGACAGCGCCAAGCAUGUGGCGAUUGCCAAAGAGAAUGACAAUGAUACGCCCAGGAACGACGAUGACGAUGAUCGCCCAUCCCCCCCAGAGGAACCAGCAGCCGGACCACGCGACCCAGAAGUCCUGGUUGCAACCGAGCAGCGUCCAUAGGCAUUUAUAGGGCUAUGAAAGCAUCUUAACCAUUAAAAAUGUAAGAUUCAAGGAUACAAUAAAAUUGUUCAUGCAUUUGCAUAGAUCCUAAAACGGAACAAACUGAAUAAAUGAAUACAAAAAAUCAAUGUUAUGGGU